GACAUAAGAACGACGAAGACUGAACGUAAAAUAAGCGUCAAAAAAAUAAGAAAAAUAAAAUCACAAAUCAAAUUAAACAUUACUGUAAUAAAAAAAUUAAAAAGUUAUAAAGAAAAGUGUAUUACAAAAAGAAAUAUACAAAAUAUUAUGGAAAUUGCCCCAAUAUAUAAUACCGCCGUCGUCGCAACAGCCGCUGCUGCCACUGCAACAACGUCGACGUCACAGCAUAGGCAGCGACAGAGGCGCUCCGCCACCGCAGUUUUGGCAACAACAACAACAACAGCAGGCAACAAAUUAAACACCGAAAGCCGAGCCCAUCAAAAUGAUAACGUCAAUAACUUGGCGUUCAUCACAUCGCUGACGCUCCAAAAGGUGCUAAAUAUCAACAAUAUUAACAACAACAUCAACAACAACAACAUCAACAACAACAACAACAACAACAACAACAAUAGCAAUAGCAAUGCCAAUGCUUCUGGCAACGCUUAUCAGCAAGUGUCAGCAGUCACAAAGACAACGACGGCAGCCAUUAAACAACAACAACAGCAGCAGCAGCAGAAACACCAACAACAGCAACAACGACGACACUCUGAUAACGAAGCUGAGACUGACAUUUUAACGCAAUUGCUAAAAACGGGCGCGGUAUUUGAAACAACAGCAACUGUUGCUAUCACCUCUUCGACGGGAAUCAGUGCGCCAAUUGCGAUCGAGAGGAAGUCGUCACAGCAGAAGCAACAACAGCAAUUACAACAACAGCAACAUGGGCAUAGCGCACAAAAUCAACGACUCAAUUCAUCCAUAUCAUCGACUAACUCAAGCACAUCAACCAACUCCUCUACGGCCAAUAGCUAUGGCAGCUCCUGUUCCUCCACGGAGGAUCCGACGGCAACUACAGCCACAGCCAAAGCAGCGGUAACAACAUCAGCAGCAUUAAAAUCGUCCAGCAAUAAAUUGCCAGAGAAAUCGAAAAUUCCGUCCGAUAUACUCGACGAUCUGGCCAGUCGAUUUAUCAUAAAUGUACCGGACAUGGAGCUAAAUAAUUUAAUACGCAUUUGCUUCCAAAUCGAGCUGGCACAUUGGUUCUAUCUGGACUUUUUCUGUACGCCCGAGGAUUCAGACCAAACGCCACCACAACAACAACAGCAACAACGAAAGCUGCCCGUGGUGGGCAUCAAACAGUUUGCCAUGCAACUCUUUCAGCACAUUCCCUUUCUGAAUAAGCAUUUUGACACUGUGAAUCAGAUAUUGGAUGAUUGGAAAAAAUAUAAAUUAUCUGUGCCAACAUAUGGCGCCAUCCUUGUGUCAGAGGACUAUAAUUAUUGUCUGUUGGUGCAAUCAUAUUUUGCUCGAAACUCUUGGGGUUUUCCCAAGGGCAAAAUCAACGAGUACGAGAAUCCCGAACACUGCGCCACUAGAGAGGUAUAUGAGGAGACAGGCUUUGAUAUAACGGACAAAAUAGACGCUGAUGAUUAUAUUGAGGCUUUUAUCAACUAUCAAUUUACACGAUUGUAUAUAGUGCGCAAUAUACCGUUCGAUACGAAGUUUGCGCCGCGCACGCGCAAUGAGAUUAAGUGUUGUGAUUGGUUUCGCAUUGAUGCAUUGCCGGUCAAUAAGAACGAUGCCAUAUCGAAAGCCAAACUGGGUAAAAAUUCCAAUUCCUUCUUUAUGAUCAUGCCGUUUGUGAAGCGCUUGAAGAAGUGGGUGAACGAUUGUCGAUCCGGCAUUGAGCCUUCAACUCGCCGUCGCAAAUGCUCGGGACAGCAGAGUCCCAAGGCCAUCUUGAAUGGUGGAACUUCCGCAUCCCCAACAAUGCUGGCAAAUGGCAUCAUUGACAAAAAGGAACAGCAACGCAGUUCGUCGAAGCGUCAGCGGCACAAAUCGAUGGGCGAUUUGGAUGGUGUAAAGCUAAAUAAUCUCAAUGGCAAGGUGGCCGUAGGUGGAUGUGUUGGUGUAGGGGGUAGUGGCGGUAUCACUGCCAGCAACAACAUGUACCAUAGCAAUAUCAAGCGUAAUAGUAACAACAAUAGUAACGGUAAUUGCAACAACAGCAACAAUAACAACAUCAAUAAUAACAAUAAGCAACUAAAUGUGGCUGCAGGCAGCAAUACACCAACAACAGCAACAACAACGCCAGUGACAGCAAAUGCAGCAGCAACAACAACUGCAGCAGCAGUGACAACUACAGUUGCAACAGCGACAAGCAAACGGCAACUGUUUCAUAGCCAAAGCCAAAAUGAUGCCCAACAGCCGGCAAGCAAUGAGAAGAUUGUCAGCUCCUUUGAUUUGAUACGCAAGGAAAAGCAGCAACAACAGAAGGCGGCUAAGGCACAAAAGCAGCAGCAACAGCAGCAACGUUCGCGCGCCAAAUCUCAAAGUGAUAAGCAAAGCAAUCAACAACAGCAACCACAGCAGCUUGUAGUUAAAAGCAUUUUGAACAAAAACAACACCCAACAACAACAACAGCAGCUGCAACAGCAAACGACACCAACAACUGGCAUGGAGUUAAUUGCCAUGUUAACAGCAGCAGCUGCAGCGCAAAAGACAUCCAAACCGGAGCAACAGCAGCAACAACAGCCGCUACAACGUCCACGUCCCGCUUCGGUUUCAUUAAAUUCGCCUAUAACAACAGUUGCUGGAGCAACUAGCAGCAACAGCAGCACAACGCCCGAUGCUCAGACAAUGCAUAAGUUGCAACGCAUGGCAUCGGGAACCAAUUUGCGAAUUUUGAAGCGCCCCCAAUCGCAGCAGGCGCAGCAGCAACUACAACUGCAGCAGCAACACCAACAGCAGCAGCAGCAACAGGGGCCUUUAAAUUUUACGCCCAAUUUCAAUUCGUGGACGAAUUUCUCAUUCACCAAAAAUUUCAUAGCAAAUGUAUUUUGCUAAGUCAAUUUGAACGACAUUUUUCCUUCUAAAAUUCUCAUACUUCUUGCAUUUCUAAGUCACAAGGCCAGUUUGUACGCAGCAUUCACAAAAAAGAAGAACAAUAAUCGUUACACAUAUUAAGUUUUAGGUGUUUCCCAUGGAUCUCUCAAAAAAAGUCUUCUGGACUUUUCGAUAGAUGCAUUUUUCAACAACAAAAAACAAAACAAUCUUUUAAACAUUCAUUUGUAUAUAGCAAGCAAACAAGGAUUGUAUAAAAUUUUGUAUUACGUAAACACAUUUUCAUACCAAAAAUCUAAAAAAAAAACAAAGAAAAAUGUUAAACGUGAGUCUUCCGUUCCAGCACACGUCAUUUUGUAAAAAUUGUCAGGCAAAAUUUUUAUAUAUAUAUUAUAUAAAAGCAAAGCAAAGCAAAGCGAAGAAGAGCUAGGAAUGAAGAGUUGUGCAAUUAGAACGCAGCAAACACUUUUUAAUUAUAAUACGAUAUAAUUCUACAACAAAUAAUUAUGUUAUUAGAUUGGUUUUUAUUUCUUGUAAGCGAUAAAGUGAGCAAAGCAAACAUCCUUCUAAUUAGAGUUCCAGCCUAAGCCGUGUGCGUGUAUUUUUUAGACAGUAAAGUAAAAAGAGUUAAGUGAAGCAGGAGAGAGAGAGAAAAAGUAAAGAAAACAAAGAUAGGAAAGAAGAGAAAGCAUAGCUUUAAAUGCCCAACGUUCUGCAAUAUAAGUUUUUUGUUUUCUAUUCUUUUAUUAAGUACAAUUCGUUCCUUGCAUCUAAGCGCAUUGAACCUUUUAUACAAAAACAUAAACAACAACAUGAAGAACAACAUCAAGAUACGUGGCAAAGAGGCAAACAACUAAUAUGCAACAAUUUGCAUGACUUUCUGGGUCGUUUUUACUGCCCCGCCCCAAUUACCACCACCUAAGAUGUAAUGCGAUGAGCAUAAGUACAUAUAAUAAUGAGUGUAAAUAUUUAAUUGUGAUAUAGUAUUUCUUAGCACAAUUGUGAUCUUAACAAAACGGCUAGCUACUACGACUACUACAACUACUAUUACAUAACAUACAAGUACAUACGCAUAAAUACAUACAAAAACGACGUACCGAACAAGUGUUUUAUAAGCAACAAAUUUUAAUAUUCAAAAUUAUGCUACGGUCGAAAAAACCUUGUCCAUUGCCCCAACACAAACACACAGACAUACAAACACACAUAAACACACACACAUAUAUAUAUCUGUAUAUAUAUAUACACCUAAAACUAAUAUUAGUGAGUUAGCAAGAGUGAAAGAGAGAGGGGAUAGAAAUCCCAAAACUGAUUUGGGGGCAAUAUCAGGUAGGCAUAUCCAACAACAAAAAAAUAAAAACAAAACAAAAAUUAUAUAA